GCGAUAAGGGCGGCCACGUCACCCGCACAAUCAGGUUGCGAAGUAUCAACUGAGUCUACCUCAUUUCAGAAGAGUUGCGGGACAGAUGCCACAAGUGUGCUGAUUUCAAGCCCUUGUGAUGGUAUACUCCCUUUCGUUGAUCUCAGCAUUUUUUGGAGAGUUUUCGUGCCAGGGAAAGUGUUCUUGGGACGGUGGCUGAUUUUGGAUGAAGUUCCAUCACAUCGUUACGGUGUGGUAGCAUACCUGGUUGUUGAGCAGAGCGAGGCCGCUACGCAGUGUAUCCUAUAUGCUCAGCUCACGGACACCUCAUUUGCUACCCUUCCUGAGGAAAUGUAUUUCGUUCAAAUUCAAUCUGAGAGAAAUCGAUCUUCCAUGUUUCAAACGAUCGUUGACGCUCGUUUCGUUGACUCUACGCCUCAGUCUCCUCCGUUCUUCUAUGCUGUUGUGCUACUACGGUAA